GAGGCAAGACAGACCCUCGCCCCGCUGGAAACCUCUAACCGCCCUCCUGCAGCCCGGACUUUUUCCGGAGGCGGAGUGGGAGCCGGGGAUGCUGUAGGCAUCAGCCAGCAUCCUCGGCCGUGCGGUCCGCACGCUGACUUUGGUCAGUGGUAACGGAAAAGAGAAAACCCGAAAGGUGGGGAGGGCGCCGGGCGCGCGGAAGCCCAGGCGGGGCCCGCGGUGCGUCCUCUCCCUCCCGCUGCGCCCGGGGCCCAGCCCGGUGCCACUGCGCCAGGAUGGAGAGGUUUCGGCGCGGGAGGAGAUGACGCAAAAGCCAGUGCUCCCCCCAAAAAAGUGUUUCUCCAGGACGAAGAUGGCGGCAACUUAGCCGGGGACUGAAGAUGACUGUGGCUCUCGGGAGGCCCAGCCCAGGCGAUUCGGCCCCGAGGUCCGGGGGAGGCGGCGUCAGCAGUCGGAGCCCGGCGGGCAGACCUGCGGCAGCGGCGGCGGCGGCGGCGGCGGCUGUCAGAGCGCGGGGUGGGGGGUGGGGGGGAGGGAGAGCCCUGCCGGCGGCGGCUGCCCAGGCUCCGGACUCGGGGAGCGCAGGCGAGAAGUAGGAGCAGGCGGAGGAGAGAGAAAGGAGAAGGGAAGGAAGGAGGAGGAAGAGGAGGAGGAGGAGGAGGAGAGGAGCUGGGGAGGCGCUCCGGUCGCCGUCAGUGGGCAGCGGAGACGCGGCAUGCCCCUGGCAGGGGAGAGCGGGCUGUCCUCAGCAGGGCCAUGGGGACCCGCGCUGUGACAAUGCCUGGGUGAGAGGAGCAGCGCCAGCCACCCCGCCACCUCCACCAGCAUCACCUCCUGCACUCAGCUCACCACCGGCCACCAGCCCCAGCCUCCUCCGGCUGCCUCUCCUCCUCUCUCUCUCUCUCUCUCUCUCUCUCUCUCUCCAUUAUUGUUUUCUACUCUACAGAGGAUGGGGUCGGCUUAUGAUUAGGUCGGGAGCAAGUCAGAUCUUCCUCCAAAGCUGGUAAUAUUUAUGUAGGCAAAAAGAGAGAGAACAGAGGGAGAGAGAGAGAGAGAGAGAGAGAGAGAGAGAGAGAGAGAGAGAACACGAACCGGGAGGAGGGGAUAAGGAAAUUAAACCCUUUAAGUCAAUGCAUAUUGUGGUGACAGCGGCACAGGAGCCCUCACGGUGGAGUCGGCCAGGGCUGUGCGUUCCCAAAAUAUGACCAGGGGUGCUUGGAUGUGUCGGCAGUAUGACGACGGCUUAAAAAUCUGGUUGGCAGCACCCCGGGAGAACGAGAAACCGUUCAUCGAUUCAGAGAGGGCUCAGAAAUGGCGACUGUCUCUGGCAUCUCUCUUGUUUUUCACAGUCCUGCUCUCUGAUCACUUGUGGUUCUGCGCCGAGGCCAAGCUGACCCGGACCCGGGACAAGGAGCAGCAGCAGCAGCAGCAGCAGCAGCAGCGACAGCAGCAGCGACAGCAGCAGCGGCGGCAGCGGCAGCAGGAGCCCUCCUGGCCCGCGCUCCUGGCGAGCAUGGGGGAGUCCUCGCCCGCCGCCCAGGCACACAGACUCCUCUCCGCCUCCUCGUCCCCCACCCUGCCCCCCUCCCCGGGAGACGGCGGCGGCGGCAAGGGCAACCGAGGCAAAAACAACCGGAGCAAGGCUCUUUUUCUAGGAAACUCUGCCAAGCCCGUGUGGCGCCUGGAGACUUGUUACCCCCAGGGCGCCUCCUCGGGCCAGUGCUUCACGGUGGAGAGCGCGGACGCAGUGUGCGCCAGGAACUGGAGUCGGGGGGUGGCGGCCGCGGGGGAGGAGCAGCAGGUGAGGGGGACGCAUCCAACUCCGCUCUGGAACUUGUCGGAUUUUUACCUUUCGUUUUGUAAUUCCUACACACUUUGGGAGUUGUUCUCGGGGUUGUCCAGUCCCAACACUUUGAACUGUAGUCUGGAUGUGGUGCUCAAGGAGGGCGGCGAGAUGACCACUUGCAGGCAGUGCGUCGAGGCUUACCAAGACUACGACCACCACGCUCAGGAGAAAUACGAAGAGUUUGAGAGUGUGCUCCAUAAAUAUUUACAGUCGGAGGAGUACUCGGUGAAAUCGUGUCCUGAGGACUGUAAGAUUGUCUACAAAGCCUGGCUCUGUUCCCAGUACUUUGAAGUCGCUCAGUUUAACUGCAGAAAGACAAUUCCUUGCAAGCAAUACUGUUUGGAGGUUCAGACGAGGUGUCCGUUUAUAUUGCCCGACAAUGAUGAAGUCAUCUACGGGGGACUCUCAAGUUUCAUCUGUACAGGGCUCUACGAAACCUUUCUAACCAACGAUGACCCCGAAUGCUGUGAUGUCAGGAGAGAAGAGCGCCCGAGCAAGCCCUCCAGAGGGACGCUGGGGCCCAGCAGCGCCUGUCACAGGACGUCCCCCACAGUGUCAUCAGCGAGCAGGCUGUGCCACAGCAGACUCAAACUGUGCGUGCUCGUGCUCAUCCUGCUGCACACAGUGCUCACGGCCUCGGCGGCGCAGAACGGCACGGCGCUGGGCCUCGGGGGCGUGCAGGCGCUGGACGAGAGCUCGCCGCGCGACGAGUAGCCCGGGGCGCGGGGGC